UUUAAAACAGAGAAGCAGCAACACGCUACUCGUUGGUAUUUUGUAAUAGAUCAGAAAUCGGCUAGAAGCUCACCACGUUAAAUUUUUAACAUCGAUAGCUCUAGAAUCUCACCAUUUUUUAACAGCGUGAGCGCAGAGCGGCGCAAAAUUAACAGAAAUUGCAAUUGGAGCAAUUGGAAAUGUUAGCAUUUGGUCGGAAAAUAGAUGCUGCAGGUGGAUUACAACAAAGCUUUUUCUUUUGUUUGACAUUUUCGCCAAUUCGAUUUCUGAUUGAAUUGAAUUCCGUUAUAAUGUCAAACACAAAAGGAACAAGUCAACGGACUUUUAGUUUCCAGAAUUUAUUCUGGCGGCAGCGUAUUUUUAUAACGCGAUCGAAUCGUGAAUGCAGAAAGUCGGUCCUAAACGCGAAAAAUGGACGGAAAAAAGCGAAAAUGUCGUGUAAUCGGUUGCGUAAACCAACAUCCAAACCUACGUUUUUUCAGGUUCCCGCUGGACAAAGCCGAAGCAGCCAAAUGGAGGGACAACCUGAGGAUUGGAGCAGAGGAGAAGCUUCCACCCACCUACUCCCUGGUAUGCAGCCAACAUUUCGAGCCGGAAGCUGUGGGAGGGAAAUACCUGAAGAAGGGUGCCCUCCCCACCCUCAACUUAGGCUAUGAUGAUGACCCCCCUCACAGCUGCAUGAUGCCUAAGCGGAUGCGCUCUUGUUGCGUGAGCUGCUGCGUAUCUACAUCGAAGCAGAUCCUGUUCGAGUUUCCUCGACAGGAGGAGGCUCGAAAUAGUUGGGCUCUGGCUUGCAAUGUAGAUGCGUCCCUCCCUGACAGGCUAUUUGUUUGUCAACGCCACUUUGAGCCACAGAAUGUUACUAAAACUAAACUUUUAAAUAGAGCCGUUCCCUGUUUGAAUUUGGAGCCCGACACUAGAAGUCGCUCACCUAGUGUCGGCUCUGAUUGGCAUUGCCCACCUGUCACUAAAACUUAUGAUAGAAUUCCUGUAGAUGAUGAAGGAGUCUUAACUCUAGAAGAGUUCGAGAAAUAUUCCCUGUUAGAGGAAAAAAGGCAGGCUAGUUUAGGAAAUGCCGCCAGUGUGGGCUCUGACAUCACUGCCAGUCACGAACGAUUUGCUCAGGCUGCUCGUUAUUACCAGAGCAACGCUUUAAAAUUAAACGAAAGAAUUAAAGAACUUGAGCGCGAAAAUGCGGAUUUGAUAAAUCGAGUUAGAGAGCUUUCUAAAAGUGCAAUAAUCGCGCAUCCAGGUUCAAGUUCUGAUUCCAUAAAUUUUGCCAAAAUGAUUGUUUCGCCAAAGAAUUGCCGGUAUAGCGAUGACCAGAAGGCAUUGGCGCAAAAUGUAAAUUAUAUGUCAUCUAAAGCUUAUACCUUUAUGCGUGAUAGUUUGGGUUUUAAUCUACCCCACCAAACUUCUCUUUUACGUUGGCGCCCCAUAAGGUAUGUUGUCCCGGGGUUCGACGCCAAUGUCAUUGGCAAUUUAGAGUCUGUUGUGACUUUAUGAAAUCGAUAGAUCAAAUCCUCAUUUUAAGAUUUGUCCAAAAUUAACCGAGUCACAUAUUUAUUUGCAAUUUUUUGAAAAAAUGAGUGUUUCCCGCGCCACUCAGGUCCUGAGCAAUUCGGUAGCGGCUAGCAUAAGCAUGGCCCUUAACGAAAAUUUAUUGGGCCAUGACGAAUAUUUGAUCAAAUGCGCUGAGCCCACACAAAAGUUCGUCAAAAAGAUGAAUGAUCUUUUUGACGAGCUUGACGGCAAAAUUUUGUUGUCUAAAAAUCCCCAUAAGUGUCCGAUUCGACGGGAGGACACUUCGAAAAACGAAAGAUUGAACAGCCAUAUAGAGUUUUUGCAGUCAUUGAAGCUCCCUAACGGUGCGCGUGUUAAAUGUAUUGAAGGCUUUUGCAUAACAAUCCGCUCGUUGCAAAAGCUAUGCAGGGAGCUCUUUGACUGCCAUGUCAAUCUUGACUUUAUUUUUCCGGGGAAACUUAAUCAAGACGCGUUAGAAAACUUUUUUUAUAGAAUCCGAGCAAGUCAGGGUAUUAAUACCCACCCCUCUGCACAUGACGUGCAAUAUAUUGUGGCGCGAUUAAUUUCAAUGAAAAUCUUACGGCACCGGUUCGAAAAAACGGGCGCUAACUGCGAAGAUGA